UAUAGUCUAUCGUAUACCUGUAAUAGAAACCCAAAUUAAUUACAGAACUUAAUUUUAUUAUUUAACCUCACAGCAAUCUACAAAUCGGUUAACCGUGACACGAUUAAAAGUGUGCAGUAAAAUUUUUUUUAAUAAAUUUUUUAUAUAAUUAUUCAUAAUUGAUCCAACUAAUAACAACGUUAUAAUGGCGUUAAAUCCGUCGUACGAAGCAAUCGGCAAGGGCUUCGUCAGCCAAUAUUACGCACUCUUUGAUGACCCUAAUCAAAGACCGAAUCUGAUUAAUUUAUACAGCGCGGAGUCAUCGUUCAUGACUUUUGAGGGCCAACAAAUUCAAGGAGGCCUUAAAAUAAUGGAGAAGCUCAAUAGCCUGGGUUUCCAAAAAAUUGAACGUGCAGUCACGUCCGUUGACUCCCAGCCAAUGUUCGAUGGUGGAGUACUAAUUAGUGUUUUUGGUAGAUUGAGGACUGAUGACGAUCCUCCGCACAUGUACUUCCAGACGUUUGUGCUGAAGCCACUGGCAAAUUCAUUCUUCUGUCAACAUGAUAUCUUCCGUCUUGGUAUUCAUGACAAAUUAUAAGAAGAGCAGAAGUUAUAAGAUUGAAUUUUAAUAAAAUAAAGAAACAAAUCUUGAAAGAAGAUAACAAUACUGCUCGUUGAUUUUUUAUCAACAAUUUCGAGUAACAGCUUAACUACCAGAGCUGAUAUCGGAAAUUAAAAUAAAAAAAGUAACAAAAGAAAUAAAGCUUUCUAUGUAUCUUUUUUUUUUUUUUUUACAUUUACUCAUUAAUUUUCUUAUUGUAACUAUAAACUCAACGCUUUGUUUUACUUUUACAUUCAUUGCAACAUUUUCAUUUAAUACUUAGACAGAGUUUUUAUACGACAAAAUAACUAAAAUUUUAUAAAUAGUUUCAAUAAAGGAUAAUUUAAUUUAAA